AUGUCCAAAAGAAAACUUAGUCAGAAAUAUAUUGCAGACAGCGAUGUAGAUGAAGAGGAACAGCAGCUAGCGGAUGAUCCCGAGGAGUCGUCUUUGAAAAAGAAAAAGUCGAGUAAAAGUACUGGGUCGAAAACGAAGAAAAGGGCUAUCGAUAACGAAGACGAUGAUCAAGACGAGACAGCCGACGGACAAGCUUUCUUCAAACUUUCAGAAAGAAAACGAGCCAGCGUUCGUAAAUGGAAGGAUAUAGCAAUGGUUGAUAUUAGGGAAUUUUAUGAUGGGAAACCCACAAGAAAAGGCAUCUCUUUAACAAUGGAUCAAUGGAAGAAGCUCAAAUCAUUUAUCGAUGACAUCGACAAUGAACUCAAGAAACUGUAA